AGAAAUUAGCAUGCAGUUUUAAAAUACCUCUCUUCAGAAUCCAACUUUUGAAAUCAGUUUUCAUGGCAGGAAAUAUUUAGCAGUUCAAGGCUAUGGAGAUGGUUUUGUUUAAUAUUAUUUUACAGUUCAGACCACUAAUCCAUGAAAGCAGUAGAAUAACUGGUAGUUUCUCCCACAUCAUGAGUGCACUUAGGGCUUCAGUUGAAAGUCUGAUUGCAGUACUGCAGAUUGCCAUCACUAUGUAGAUGCAUGUAAGUAUAGUAAAAUAAAGAGAUAAAUAGAAAUUUGUCUUAAGAUCUCAAAGAGAUUUACCCACAUUCAGUUCUAAACCACAGCUGAAACACAACCAGAUUUUCAUUUGUUUGUUAGUAUUGGAGACAUAAUUUCAUUAGCCACAGCAGCCAUCUGCCACUUAGUCCUGUAGAUGUCUAUGUUGUAGUAUCUACAUAACCAUGGUAUGUGCUGCUGUAAGAGGUGGGACCUACGCCAUCUGCUAAGACUUCCUGAAGGUUUUUGAAGUUAGUGCUGCCAGGAUUACCUGUGGUUUGAAUCAGUCUGUUGGUAUUAGUUUAUUCAAAGCUCACAAAAGACAGCUGUGAAUGGAUUGGUUCCCAUCACUGUCCACAUGUAGUCUCACAAGAAAUCCUGUUUAUGGUAACAUAUCUCCAAAUCUGUCCAAAAGCGAGUAUUAAAUUACCUAUUAUGGUACCUAUUUUUGCACUGGAACUGAAAGGCAAAGGAUGAAGGUAAACGCACUGCAUCAAGGCAAAUAAAACAGUGAGGAAUGGAUGCCCUUCUAAUUCCAAAAUAAAACCCCAAUUUUGUUCUUCUGUAUGACUGCCUGCCUUGCUGUGAUUUAAUAGCCAAUUAUUUUUAUUUACAGAUGAACAGACAAUAUGAUUAAUGUGUUGUUAAUCAGUAAAACAGGAAAAAACAGCAAAAGAAAAGCUUAUUUCAGUGUUUACUGACUUAGCAGUUUAACAGUCUUAUCUCCCUUCCUCAGACGUGUUUUCUGAGUCAGCAGUAGUUAAAUUUUCCAGCAAGCCCUACAUGAAAGAAAGUGUAAAGGGUGGUCACGGAUUUCCAGUCAGUGACCUCGCCUUUGAGUGGGACAGUCAACACAUUUGAGGUUUCUACGAAGCAGUGCAGUGACAGCUGAAGUUUCUUUCAAAAAGUAGUCUGAAAGGCAAUCUCAGAGUGGUCUGACAGUAUCCAGUAUCUUAAUUCUUCUCAGCACAGAAGAAAAAUCACCUCAAAUUUCUCAAUUUUCUGAGUUUGUGACAAUGACGACUUAUUUUGGAGCUACCUCAGCGGUGUUAUCAGUCUGGAUUAUGACAUUCAUGGCUCAAAAUUACUUUAUAACAGGUUCCACACUUUCACCUUGCAGGAUCACAGGUGUAGGACUUUAUCUGGACGAGAAAGUGAAUUUUUCAGAAGCAAGUAAUGUGUGCAGUCGACUGAAUCUACAACUUGCAAGUAAAGAACAGGUUGAGAAGGCUUUGAAAAAUGGCUUUGAAACGUGCAGUUCUGGAUGGAUAAAAGAUGGAUUGGUUGUCAUUCCUCGUAUAACAUCCAAUAAGAAAUGUGGUCGGGGCAGCACUGGACUAGUGAACUGGCGUGCUAAUCAGGCUUCUAAAUUUGCAGUUUACUGCUUCAAUUCUUCAGAUGUUCAAAUUAAUUCAUGUAAACCAGAUCCAACUACAACCAUACUAUCAUCAUCAACUGUACCAACAGAAUUAACUGCGUAUUCAGGUUCAGAUUUGACUGGGAACACCACAGCAGUACCCACUGCAAUUGAACCAGAACAAACCCUGAAAAACGUGAAAUUUCGGAUAAUAUGUAUAACUGAAACUAUAUUACCCACAGAGGGGACUACUACAACAAUGCCAGAAGAAUACUACACUUACCCUGCUGCAUUUAGGAAUGAUGGUAUUGUCUUUGGAGGUAUCCCCACUGCACUCCUUGUACUGGCAAUCAUCUUCUUCUUUAUUUCAGUUCUUCUAGCAGUCUGCUACAUCAAAAAGUACAAGAAAUCCUUCCCAUUUUCAAACAAGAAUCAGAAAAAAGUGGUUGAAACUACAGCUCUCAAAGAGACUGCAUCAAAUGACAAAACAUUUGAGAAGGAAACAAAGAAUAAUGAAAAAAAGAUAGAAGAGGCCAAAGCCAAGCCUGAAACCACAGUAAAAUGUCUAGAAGUGGAAGUUUAAGGUCAGCAGAAGAGGAGAAACACACAGUUCUUUUCAGAAAUAUAUAAAACAAAGCACGUAACUUAGCAAUGCUUUUAAAUGUGGGUGACUGUAAAUACUCAUGAAUGAGUUUUUUCUCAUCUUAACAUAUGAAAAAAUUUUUUUUAAUAAUUACAUCUUCAGCUAUAAAUGCUCUUGCAAAAGAAUAUGGUAUCUUACUUGAAAUAAAUAAAACAUCCAUAUUACAGUUCACUUCUUAAUAAAGAAGUAAAUCAAAAUUUGCUGUUAAUGACACACAGUGUGUGAAUAUUUGCAUGAAAUUCACAUUGAUAUGUAAUGAAAAAUUCCUUUAUAUCUGCAUGGGUGAUCUGCUAACUUAAUGUCUAAAAUAAAACAAUACUAGGUUAUAAAUAAAACAAUAGUAGCUUAAUUUAUUUCCAUUAAGUAGUUACACACUGUUUUUAAAAAGUCUGUUUACAAACAGAAUAAGUCUGUUUACAAGUAAAAAAUCAAGAUUGGCCCGCUGUCAUUCCAAUACCAAAAGAAGGGUACAAAGAUGCUGCAUCCUUGAACAACUUUCUAAGGUAUCCUCAUCAUAUAAUUUACUGUUUUAUUUAUUAAAAUCUGUAUCAUUCUUUUGCAUCAGAUAUUUGACAGGGAAAAAGAACCUUGAACUGUAUUACAACAGUUAUAUUUAAGGUCUUUGCGUGUAUUUAAGUGCGGCCUUCCAAAUGAAGGCUUCAAGUGGUAUAAGGCAUUUAGAGUACUUCAUAAAACAAGAAAGUUGGUAGAAAUGUUUGUCUAGACCAUUUAUUCUCAUGAAAACUGUCUUAUAGGAGAAAGAUCUCAUAUAACCUCAAUGUUACAGAAGUAAUUAGUGGAUAUGAAUAGGAAAAAAAAACCACCAGCAGUUUACCAAAUAUUUUAUUGAAUAAUGGUUUAAAUAACUUUUAUAUUUGAAGUUAUUGUGGCAAAAAGGUGGUUUUUUAGAUCGAGUAGCUUGAAAAAGUCUUAAAUAGAACUAUUAGUUCUAUUCUAUAGAACUAAUAGUAAUAGAACUGCUAACAUACAUGUGCAUGCUGUAUUCUACAUACGGAAUAUCUGGCUAUGACCUUUCAUGUUUUUGAUUCACAGAAAUCUAACAUUAGCCCAGUUGUUAUAUAUUCCACUAGACAGACAGUCGUAGG